GGUUUAUAUCUUAACUAGUUUUGGCGAAGCCUUUUUCCCCUAUUUUUUUGCCCUAAAAAAAAUUCCGAGAUUAAAAAAGCAAAUUGUGGCACGGGUCUCUAAUUCACCGCUGUGAAAAUUGAAAUACAAACUCCUUUUAUACCCUGCGCAUCAUGGUUGAGGUCCCGCGCAAUUUUCGUCUUCUAGAGGAACUUGAGGCGGGUGAAAAGGGCACCGGGCUGAACCAAAAUGUUUCAGUUGGUCUGUGCAAUACGGACGACAUCUACUUCCAUUAUUGGAAUGGAACCAUAGUGGGACCACCCGGCACGACUUUUGAGUAUCGCAUCCUUUUGCUAGAGAUCCACUGCGACGAGACCUAUCCCAAAGCCCCACCGCAUAUUCGUUUUAUGAGCAAAGUAAACCUGCCAUGCGUCGAUUCCAACGGUACGGUGAACUCCAAGUUUCAUAUCUUCUGUAAUUGGGAUCAGUGCACAACAAUGGAGAUGUGCCUUGCGGAGCUACGCAAAGAGAUGCUGCAACCAGCAAAUCGUAAGCUUCCACAGCCGGAGGAGGGCUCGGUCUACUAGGCUUUUCAGAUGUAUGAAUUGGACUUGGGGAAGAGGUGGCAGAGGGAUCAUGAAGAGAGAAGACAUUUAAAUCUUUGAGUUGCUGAUUAGUUGCAAUUGUGGGAAUGAUGGGGUGCGACGUGAGAGGGUUGAUUCUUAUUUUCACAUCUCAGAACGGUUAUUUUAUGUGUACACAAGAUCAGCAGUGGACGUGCAAAAAAAUAAUAACAACUCAAUUAGUAGUGUGGUUGAAAGGGAUAAACUAUUUUUCUAUGCUUUCUGCAGACGUAAAAAUAUUCAGUAAAUUUUCACGUCCAUACUUCUCUGAACUUGUUUUAUUAGAGAUAUCUGUUAAGAAUUAAGACUUCAGCGCAUUUCCUAAAGAAUUUUUUGUGUUAUUAAUUCUCAGUUAUUAAGAAACUGUGUGUAUUGGAUCUAUGUCGAUGUGUUGUUGUUGUUUUUCUUUUAUACAAAAUCUAAUUAAUGUGUUGGGAUAUUUGUCUUGUGAAUUCUUUUUGCAUUAUUAUUAUUAUUAUUUUCCCCGACAGAAUUAAGAUUUCUACAUUUUGGUUUAAAAAGUACCUUUAUACGUUAUUUUCCUUCAGAUUUUUAAGGUUAAAAAAUAGGCAGACUAUUUAAACAAACACUUCAUAUUUCAUCUGAUUUAUAUAGUAUGUAGGUAAUUUUUAUUACACCUGGACGGUUCCUAUAAUGAAUUGUAUGAAAGACAAUAUGUCGUUCCAUUAAUUUACGGGACUCCAGAAUGACUUCUGUUGAAGGAUCGGUUACGACUUGUCACAAAAAAAAAUAACUCAGCGUGUAGCUAAAUUCAUUACUUCAUUUAUUUACGGAAGCAUUAUAUCCAAUUGCUCUUCCUUUAAUGCAUAAGGGUUGAACCAUUUUUCAGUUUUUCUAAACCUUAUUCUAGAUCUCAACAUAUAUAUUUACUUAGAUUUAAUUUAAAGUUCUUUCCUUAAACUACUAUGUUUCCAUCAAGCGCAUGGGCAUAAAAGUUUUUUUGACUUGCUAUCUGUUUAGACAUUCAAAAUACAAGCCAAUAUGUCUCCAUACCUUUUGUUGAUAUAAUAAAUCUGUGAUUAGUUCCCUUGUUCUAUCCUUGUUUAUAUUUUUCUAGCGAGUUCUACUGAAGUAGCAUUUGUGCUUUUAAGACGUUAUUUCUAUUAUUGGAGUGAGUGCAUCUCGAGAAUUUUAUGCAUUCCAAAGGUUUUGUGCUGGGUCUUCGUUCCUUAAGGUCUAUAUGAAAUGAUAUUUGUGCAAAAUAUGGUAGUUGAAGUGAUCUAAAUGCACAUUUCAUUAAUAAGUAUGCAAGUAUUAAACUUAGUGCAUAUCCUCAAGGCCUGUUUUUCUUACAUUUUUUUAACCUUUCAGUGCUUGUGUGCUGCAUGAUAUUUUUCCACUCAAUUACGCCUUUUCUUGACGUUUGUCCCGAGAUACCCGUUUGUUUGUCUAUCUGAAUGAUUUUUUAUCUCAAAUAACCAAUCCCUUAUACUAAAAUUACUAUCUUUUCCACUGGUGGUAACGUUUUUUUCAUUUAGCAAGCAAAAGAUAAAUACCCAUAACUUGAAGCCCAUUAUAAUAUCACUAUGCCUUUUUAUUAUUACCUAAAGUCCCCAGAAAAAUGUUAUUAAUGAGGUCAAAUUCAUUUCUACAUAUGCGUAGCAUAUAUCUCAAAAUUUUUUUUCAUCCCUUCUUUACACUUUGAAGGCCCAUGAGGAAAGUCAUAUUA